GUGCCAGACUGUGGCCAGUGGGAGAAGAAAAUGUACUGGUGUCAGUGGAGUAGUAAACAAUGCCCCAUCAUUGGUAUCAUUGGGAGGAAUAGCGCCCCAUCAUUGGUCUCAGUGGUAGGAAUAGUUGUCCCAUUAUUUAGUGUCAGCGGGAGGAAUAGUGUCCCCUCAUUGGUGUCAGUGGGAGGAAUAGUGCCCCAUCAUUGGUGUCAGUGGAGGAAUAGUGUCCCAUCAUUGGUGUCAGUGGGAGGAAUAGUACCUCAUUAUUGGUGUCAGUGGGAGGAAUAGUGCCCCAUCAUCACUGUUGUCAGUGGGAGGAAUAGUGCUCCAUCACUGGUAUCAUUGGAGGGAAUAGUGCCCUAUCAUUGGUGUCAGUGGGAGGAAUAGUGCCCCAUCAUUGGUAUCAUUAGGAGGAAUAGUGUCCCAUCAUUGGUGUAAGUGGGAGGAAUAGUGCCCCAUCAUUGGUAUCAUUAGGAGGAAUAGUGCCCCAUCAGUGGUGUCAGUGGGAGGACUAGUGCCCCAUCAUUGGUGUCAGUGGGAGGAAUAGUGCCCCAUCAUUGGUAUCAACGGGAGAAAUCGUGCCCCCCACUGUUGCUGGCAGUGGGAGGAAUA